CACAUCUGCAAGCGGUCAUAUCAUGAUUGAGAGUGAUAGAGAGCUGUCAGCCAUGGUGCAGGAGCUAUGGGACAAUGAUAUCAACAGACUUAAGCCUGGAAAAGACUACAGGAUCUCCCUUCAGGGAAAAGCUGGAGACAGCAUGAACAUCAAUGACAACAAUGACGGGGCGGGAUAUCCACUGUUUACCUUUGUCGAUGAGAACAUUUUCAAAAAGGAGACUUUUUUAGCCUUUAUCUCCCUGCUGGACAACUAUGAGAGUGACACCGGUGAGCCAGAAAUUGUAACUCCUGAGGAAGUGGCAGAGAACCACAAGUUCCUGGACUCCAUCGUUCAGACUCCCACCAUGAAGAUAGCCCAUAAAUACCUGGUCAAGAAGCACCUUUCGCCUGAGGAUGAGACAGAAUUCAAGAAGCAGCUGUACAGGAUCUGGUUUGAACUUUAUGCGAGGAGAGGAUCCAGCAGGCCAGACUCUUCGGGCUUUGAACACGUGUUUGUUGGAGAGACGAGAGGGGGGAGGACUGUUAUUGGUUUUCACAACUGGAUCCAGCUAUACUUACAAGAGAAGCUGGGCCAUAUUGAUUACAAAGGCUACAGUGUCAAUGCAAAUUCACCCCAGCCUGAUGAGAACAAACACAUCCUGGCGCUACAGUUUAGCUGGAAGAAUGGUAUAAAGCCCAAGGGCAGCAUCUUCAUCGGAGUCAGUCCCGAGUUCGAGUUCGCCCUCUACACUCUCUGUUUCCUCACCUCGCCUAAUGAACGCGUCAAAGUCCAGUUCAGUUUCUACGACGUGGAGAUUGUUUGCCACCACUACAACCAGAAGCAUAUAGGUACCACCUAUCCUGUGCUCCUCAGGUACCUGAACCCUCGGUAACUUGACUAGAGAAUACAUUUGACAUACAACUUCCCCAUCACUUAA